UGACGUCACUGUCUGCGCCGCCGCGCCGUAGGUACAGGAAGUGGGAUCAAAACAAAGGAGCGCCGGCUGGGAGCGGACCUCCUGGAGCCGGUGUCUCUGCUUGCUUCGCCCCGGCCCACUCCGCAGAAGCCGCACAACCUUGUCCAACAUGGAGAAACACCUGUUCAACCUGAAGUUCGCGGCCAAAGAACUGAACAGGAGUGCCAAAAAAUGCGACAAGGAGGAAAAGGCCGAAAAGGCCAAAAUUAAAAAGGCCAUUCAGAAGGGCAACAUGGAAGUCGCGAGGAUACACGCCGAAAACGCCAUCCGCCAGAAGAACCAAGGGGUGAAUUUCUUGAGAAUGAGUGCGCGGGUGGAUGCGGUGGCUGCCCGAGUCCAGACCGCGGUAACGAUGGGCAAAGUGACCAAGUCCAUGGCCGGUGUGGUUAAGUCGAUGGAUGCGACGUUGAAGACCAUGAAUCUGGAGAAGAUCUCUGCCUUGAUGGACAAAUUCGAGCACCAGUUUGAGACCCUGGACGUCCAGACGCAGCAAAUGGAAGACACGAUGAGCAGUACGACGACGCUGACCACUCCCCAGAACCAGGUGGAUAUGCUGCUCCAGGAAAUGGCUGAUGAGGCGGGCCUCGACCUCAACAUGGAGCUGCCGCAGGGCCAGACCGGUUCCGUGGGAAUGAGCGUGGCUUCGGCUGAGCAGGAUGAACUGUCCCAGAGACUGGCCCGCCUUCGGGAUCAAGUCUGACUGCAGAAGCUGUCCGAGGUUUACUUUUGACGCGCUCUCCUGUGUUUUAGAGGGGUGCCCUAGAAUUGUGCCAGAAUACCGAACACUCUUCCUUCUAAAAACCUUUGGGUUUACAACCCUCUCCAGAUAGGAUAAGGAAUUCCAGUUUUCCUCCACCUCUAACUGGAUUUUAAAGUUCUUUAUAGCUUAUGAUGAUGUGUAUUUUUUAUAGCCGCCUUUUAACGAAACCGGUUAAUUUGCUGUAUAUGAAUCUAGAAAAAUCGGCAGAACUCUAGUCCUCAUGUAUUCCGUUUUCACUUAGAAUCAUCAGAUUGAAGUUUAUUUUUAGUGUGGUUGAUGAUACAUAGACUGACAAGUGGUACAAAAAAUUCAGGAGGAAUGGGUACUUAGAAAUUUGUAAACACUUUGUUCAACUUAUUCAGUGGGAAAUACUCUUUCUGUAUAUCAUUUGAUUUUCUUUGUUUUUUGCUAUCAAAGAAAGACUAUAAUUGACUAUUAAUUUAUUCUCAUAACUUAUACUAAAGUUACCUUAGAAGAUUUUUGAAAAUACUCGUUUUAAAUCCUGUUAGUUCAUAUAAUAAUGGUGUGUGUAUAACUGGGAAAAAAAUACCACAUAGUUUAUUACCAGGAAAAAUUAAAAUUUGUUCAUUUAUAUUCUAAUUUACCAAGAAUUCUUAAGGCUUAACAUUUAUAAUUUCUAGUUGUUUGCUAAUGAAAGGCAAUCUUUAUUGACUUCUGAUCAAAAUAAUGUUCAUCACCAUGGCAGUCCUAUUACACGCCUAACAUUGCCAAAGAACUGCCAAUUUGGUCCAGGUAAAUCCUGGAACUAUGUCACUAUAGGUUUUGUUUUUAUUUAAUAACCAAAAAUAUAAAUAAAAUUAGAACAGCCUUUUUAAGUUCUAGUUAUUUGUAUGUAUUAUUUUGUCUUAAAGCAGCAACUCUUUUAAAACCUCAAAAAGCAUAAGUUAAUGCUGUAGAUCUGCAAAGCUUAAAUGUACAUUUAGCCAGCUUCAAGUCUAGGACCCAGGAGUGAGCUGGGAUUAGAAGGAAAGAGAGAGAGACUGGAAGCCUCCACCACCCUCCCCUUCCUGUUUUCCUCUGGUGGAAGCAAAGCACCUCCCGUUUUCUCCCGGCCUCCAAACACAGAACAAGUGUUUGCUUGGCACAUACUUAACCUCAGUUAAAUGCUUACAAAGUUUGUUUUAUUUCAUUUCCCCUUUUCCUGGUUUUUUUUUUUCUAUU